GUAAAAGUUAUAUUAUUUAUUACCUUACUCGUUUAAAUUCAAAAGAAGCGGAAUUGGAAUUUGAAACCCUAGGUGAAGCGCUACUCUCGCGACCGUUUUGCUUACUCUCAUUCUUCCAUCACCAGUGAAGAUGCAAGGAACCGCCGCCGACGGAGAAGCUUUGGAUUUCGAGCCGGAGGAUGAUGACUUGAUGGACGAAGAAGGUGCUCCUGACGCCGAAGCUUCACCGCCUCAUCCCAAACUCAAAUCCGCCAUCACCGCUGCUUCGAAUCUUUCCAUUCCCAAAAAGACUAAAGGUCGUGGUUUCCGUCAGGAUUCUGAUUCUGCCGCUAACCGUAACUCCCGUCUCACCGGUUCUGGUUUUGAUACUGUUACUGCGGACGGUGGUCCUGGACCUCAAAGAUCCAUUGAAGGAUGGAUUAUUUUGGUGACCGGUGUGCAUGAGGAAGCUCAAGAUGAUGAUUUGCUAAAUGCGUUUGGCGAAUAUGGAGAGAUUAAGAACCUUAACUUGAAUCUUGAUCGCCGUACUGGUUUUGUCAAAGGUUAUGCACUGAUUGAAUACGAGCGUUCUGAGGAAGCUCGAAAUGCAAUAGAGAAUUUGAAUGGAUCUGAGCUUCUUACACAAACCAUUUAUGUUGAUUGGGCUUUCAGCAGUGGACCUAUUAAUGAGUCUGUUAAAAGAAAGAAUGCCAGACCACCUCAGCGGCGCUCCAGGAGUCCUCCUCGGAGGAGAUAUUGACAGGGUCUGUAUUAAUCAUGAUGUGAGUUGUAAGGAACCUUCAAAUGGGCGGUGUGAUUUAUGUUUGUCCAGUUGUGGAAGCUUUUCCCUAUAUUCUUAUACUGCUUCCGUCAGGCCAAAUUACAUAUGGGUUCCUGAGUGUUUUUUUUUUGGUUUUCUUCUUUAUAUAAAAUUGCUAUGGAUUCUUAUGUUACAUCAUUUGUUGUAUGGUAUUAACUCCUAAUUUAUUAUGUAUGAUGUAUUGUGUUUUAACAUAUUAGUAAUGUGUUGAGGAAGGUAGAAUCUCUUUUGGAUUUCA